GCGAACCCCAUCCACCACCACUCUCCCUCUCACCCUACCUAUCAUUUGUUUGUCGGUCGCGCCUUCUCGAGCUGAAUCUUCCCACCCGCCGUGGAGGCGCCGCAAACCGCGGACCGCGGACGCACGGUGCGGGUUGCGCUUCCGAACCCUGUCUUUUUCUCUCUUUCCGCCGCUUCGGCUCUCUUGCCUUGGUUAGCGGUUUUCCGUUCGGACUGUCAUCCGCCUAGUCGAGUCGACUGUCUUGCAUACAGCAGCAGCUAUGGCGGCCGCACUGUCGUUGUCGUCGAUAGUCUCACGUAUGGGCGCGGUGGUGAUGGCUGCGCCAUCUCCGUCGAGUAGCAACGCAUAUAGGAGCGCUCCUGCUGAUGGACACGUGGCGUCUGCUGUCCAAGUCAUUGGAAGCGAUCUCAAGAGGCACCGAUUCGUACCUGUGCAGCGGCGAGCACCUCUCUCUUUAAUUGUCCGCGCCACUUCCCCGGAUUUGAGUGAGCUGGAAGAGAAGGUAGAGAAGAGCAUCAAGGAUGCGCAGGAGACUUGUGAGAGUGGCACAGAUGGAGAAUGCAGAGCUGCAUGGGAUGAGGUUGAGGAGCUGUCGGCAGAGCUCUCGCACAAAGCUGCCAGAGUGAAGAAAGUCCUGGGUGAUCCUCUGGAGGAGCACUGCAAGAACAACCCUGACGACUGGGAGUGCAAGACCUUCGACUAGUCGGAAAAGCGGGUCGUUUCAAAGAUGGUAUUGCUAAUGUAUAAGGACUUUGUGUCUC